AUGGCGCUGCGGACAUGGCGGCCUCGUGUGUUGGUUGCGGUUAUACACGCGUUUGCUAAAGCUUGCCCUUCGCAGGCUCAUCUGCCCUUUGUCAGAGACUGCCUCGUGCGGCUGCAGCAGUGUGAGGCGCAGCUCACGGAGCACGAUGUGGCGACGCUUCUGUGGUGCAUUGCAACACUGCAAGUCGAUGAGAGCCAGCUGCCAUUGUGGAGCUCCCUCUGCAAGCGAGCCGCACUGUUGUUCUCGCAUAUGAACCGCGUGAGCCGCCUCACCGUGACCCAAGCCCUGUUGCUGCAGUGCCACCAUCUAUGCGAGUCUCAAGCGGAGCUGCUGCGCAUCGUGCACGCAGCGAACAGGGACUCGACGGAGCUCACCUCACUCGACGAGGAUCGGUAUGAUGGCGGGCGCUGGCACUCUGGGCGUGGUCCCCGGCGCCCAGACUCAGGCGAUUCUGCGUCCUUUCUCUCCUCUUCUACCCCAGGCAGCAUGGACUCCACUUCGCAGCUGCUUCAGUACACCACGCAUGCACUCUCAGAUGAGUCACUGGUGCGGUUACUCAUCACCCUUUUCGAACGAAGUGAGGAGCCAUGCGAGCACUUGCGCCUCGUCGUAGCACAUCUCACCUUGCGCUGUUCCCUGUCUGAUCAACUCUGCCUACAGCUGCUGCGGUUUACGCAGCCACGUUGCACGGCCGUCGCACUGCACGUAGCUGAUCCGGCAGAGCAGCGGCUACCGACAUGCGCGUCUUUGACAGCUCAGAGCCCCGAGACGUCGGUGCUUCUCCGUACGGCACGACAACACGCCGUACGGCAGUUGAUUAGGGUCGUACACAGUGGGGUAGUACGGCUACCGCGUGAUAUCAUCGAGGUGCUCUGCAUAGAGCACGGUGGCUUGUGCACAAGUCUAAUACCCCAAAGUAAGCUGCACCCAGGCAGCGCUAUCGACGAAGAGUCUGCGGGGACUGUCUGGACUGCCAUUGUGAAGAUCCUCUGCGACACGCUGAGCGGCUCUGCGCGCGCUCUUGACUUCGUAAACGGCGAGGAGCUCUGGGGCUGGCACUGCAUCGCCGCGUACUUGAGGGCAGUGAGCGCGACAAACGGUGGCCUGGCCUCUGACAAAGCAGCGUCGCUUAGCACCACUCUAGGCUCCCUCGAGCAGCAGCUCAACACCACCACAAGCCCGCCUCGCUACUGGCCUAACGCUCGGGAGCGUAAGACAAGGUGCACCGAGGUAGUGUUAGCCUCUACGCGCUGUGGCGGGACGCAGCUGCUGACCUAUUGCGCCGCGACAACCUCGCCCUAUGACACUGCCCUUGCGCUACUCGGCGAAUGUGUGCGAGAGCUUUCGACACCACCAGCGGUUCUCCUUGUUUCCACCAUGCUGAAGCUGCUCUCGGCCGUGGACAAGGCGCCCGCGGUCGUUGCUACACUCGUGCAGCCGCUGAAGCUGCUUCUCUGGGCGCAGCUGGAGACGAACACGGCCCAUGCCUCCGGCAUGCUACCAGGCCUCAUUCAGUACAUCACGAACACCCUUGCCCAUCCUCUAGCGGUGGGGCAGGCAGCGUCAUGUGUGCGCGUCUCAGACGCCGUGCUGGACGUGUAUCUUCGGUUACUGAUCCAAGAGCAGCAGGAAACUCUCUCCGCUGUGCAGUCGGAGCUGCUGGUACGGUGCUUGCAAGAGCGUCGAAUGAACGCGGCGGCGCUGGAGAACGCCUUCAUGAUGCUAAUGACGCGCAGACUCGGGCAGACGGCAUCUUUUCUAAGCACCGUAAGGCUGCCGAUUGCUGCUCUGAGUACACUUGUGGAGCUUACCGGAGCCCUGCCACGUAGCAAGGCCGCAUCCACCACCGCGACAACCACCAUGAUCAUCAGCACCCUCCUGGACUUACUCAUUCAACAAGCCAUUCCAGCAUGCGCGACAGCAGAGGAGCUUAUAGCUGGCGCCGUAGUGUUGCGCGACGAUGCUGUGGCAGACAUGCAGAGAACGUCCGCCCUGGCGGCGGCGGUGCAGGCUAGGGGUUUGUCGCUCCUCAGGUCUACCGAGGUGAUCUGGACACCACUGCAGAAGGCGUACCUUAUCGCCGCCCUUGUGUGCGUGAAUGUAGACCCGACGCCAGAGCUUCUGCAAGCACUGCGCGGGGAGGGUCGUACGCAGGUGGAGGAAGUUGUGGACUCUAUGAAGUAA